AUGGAGGCGAAGGCGGCGUCCUCGAUGGCUAAUGGCGCGGCGUGCUCGGUGUCGGCGGAGGAGAUCGAGAAGUGGAUGGAGGCAGCGAUGAACAUGGCCAAAGAUGCCCUAGAAAAUCUUGAAGUUCCUGUUGGCUGCCUCAUGGUCUACAACAACGAAAUUGUGGGGAAGGGGAGAAAUGAAGUCAACCAAACAAAAAAUGCUACACGGCACGCGGAGAUGGUGGCCAUCGAUCAGGUCCUCGACUGGUGUCAUCGCAGCGGCAGGAGCCCCUCGGAGGUGUUCGGGAACACGGUGCUCUACGUCACGGUGGAACCCUGCAUCAUGUGUGCGGCCGCCCUGCGUCUCCUCAACAUUCCUCUGGUUGUAUAUGGCUGUCAGAAUGAACGAUUUGGUGGCUGUGGCUCUGUUCUAAAUAUUGCCUCUGCCAACCUGCCAAAUACGGGAAACCCAUUUCAGUGUGUCCCUGGGUAUCGGGCAGAGGAAGCAGUGGAAAUGUUAAAGGCCUUCUACAAGCAGGAAAACCCAAAUGCUCCAAAAUCAAAAGUUCGGAAAAAGGAGGUGCAGAAGUCUUGA